GUACAACGCAACAUCAGGUUGACUUGACUCACUUUAUAUUGCUUACAUCCGCACACGCGGGAAGAUUAUACGUUUAAACUACCAGAGCAACUAGUACGACAACCGGACAUCAGAUAACCAAAAAUGAAUGAUACACAAGAAGUCACCUUAGAUACAGAGAGGUUGGAAGCAAAACUGACACAAGAAGUCACCUUAGAUACAGAGAAGUUGGAAGCAAAACUGACAAGUUCUGAUUUUGCACAAGUUAUUUUUCAGAAUGUUGCAGAAUCAUACCCUCCCGAUGCUGACAUAAUAUGCCACUAUACAUUGACUGAGAGCAUUGUACCUUCCACAAGUGAUUGGAUCGGUCUCUUCAAAGUAGGCUGGACCUCUGCUAGGGGCUACCACACUUUUAACUAUGUUCAGCCUCCAGCAACGCAGGAAGGCAAACAGAAAACAAUGUCACAGAGUAACAUCCAGUUCUCAGCUUACUACCUACCUAAGGAAGAUGGGGAAUUCUACCAGUUUGUGUAUGUUAACAAAAAUGGCGAAAAAGCUUUAAGUAGCAGUGGAGCUAUGGAGAAGGAAAAAUCGGUGUUCGAAGCCAGAGUUAAACAAAUGGAGAUAAUGUUGAAGGAGAAUAUGGAAGAAAAGGACGCCCUCGCAGUCGAGUUGGCAAAAUUGAAAGACGAAAUGAAACAGAGUGAAGCUACACUGCUGGACAUAUGUAAUGAGAAAGUGGAGUUGGAGAAGAAAAUAGUCGAGUUGGAGGAACAGAUAGCGUUAUACAAAGACCAUUUCACAACCUCUGAGAAAGAGAAUAUUAAAUUAAAAGAGGAGAUUGAGACAUUACGUGGUCAGUUAUCAGAGAAUGACGCCGCUUUGGUUAAAACAAAAGAAGAUUCUAUUCAACUCAAGUCAGUUGUUGAUGAAGAAAAAAAGAAAUUUGAACGACAACUGCAUGUGACAAAUGCUGACAAGACACACAUCCUAUCCCUGGAAGACAAGGUCAAGAACUAUGAAGACAAGAUAGCCGCAUUGGAAGACACGAAGAAACUGGUUACUACUGAACUGGAAACUCUUAGACAAGUACAACAAAACCUGUCAACUAACUUGGAAGAUAAAACUGGAGAAGUCCUAACUAUGAAAACCAAAUUCAAGCGACAGAAGUCUAUGAGUGCUGAGAAAGAGGCAGAACUACAGGAGGAAAUCCGAGCUCUGCGAGAUGGACUGACUCAGUUAGCAAAGGAAAAGGAGAAGUUGGUAAAUGAGGUCCACACUCUUGGAAAACAGCAAGAAGGUCCGCUGUAUGCACUCCAAGAAGCAAACAAACACAUGCGUCAGAAGUACAACAAACUGAAAAAACAACACGAGGGCUGCGUAAAGGAACGCUCAGAAUUGGUAACGAAACAAGUGGCGAUAGAACUUCAGAACAGCGAUUUAACUCGCGAGAUAGAAGACUUACGUGAACGAUUGAAUAUGGGAGCCGAGGCAUGGAAAGAAAAGUACAAAGAGUGCCAAAAGCUGACGACUAAGAUAAAGAAAAUUAAGAGAAAGUCUGUGACCACUGAAAGUGACGCUUUACAAGGUGCUGUAGCCAUAGCAACCAAAGAGAGCGGUGUGCAGGCCGCUGACAGUGAACAGGAAGAGAGUUACAACAGUAUGCUGCAUGUACAGUUGAAUGACCUCGCUAAGGCAUUGGAGGAAAGAAACGAACAAUGCAAGAGAUACGAAGAAAUCUUGCAGAGUGAGAAGACAAAUAUGGAAAAAACAGAAAUGAAAGUCUUGGAAUUGGAUGAAAAAUACCAGGAUUCGGUGAAGCGAUAUGCAGAUGCUGAGAAGGAAUUGAAUGAACUGAAAAAGAAAAUUAAGGAGGCUAAGAGACAAAAUGAAGCACAGGAGGUAAGACACAAAGAUGACGUUGCUACUGAAUUCCACGAUGCGCAAGAAUUCCCCGCUGACAGGGCUGCUAGAUGGUGCCCAGAAUGCAAUCUUCUCUUUCCUCCUUCGUGUCCUUCUGAUACAUUUGAGCAGCACGUACAGAGUCACUUUGGACGGGUAUGUCCGAUGUGUCGCAAACAGUUCCCGAAAGACUCGUGUGAUCAGGACGCGUUUGAAAACCACGUGCAGACUCAUUUUGAACGGGAAUAA